AUGGCAGAUGAUGAACAAUUUGAUAUAGAUACAGAUAGUGAGAUAGAAGAUGAAGACGAUGAAGAACAAGGAUCAGAUGAUGAUACAGGCUUUUUUCCCAUUGAUGAACCAAUUGUACAUUCAUCGCAAUCAAAUACAACAACAUCAUCAUCACAGAUACCAAAACAAACAAGAGAAACAUCAGAUCAAUCAGUAAAUAAAUAUUCAACAGCUAUUAGUACGUCGAAUAAUCAUCCACAAGAUAAUAAUUUUGAAUACGUUGUUUUAACACAAGAUGAUAUUGUCAAAUAUAUGGUAGAAUGUAUAAAAGAAGUAAAUGAAGUUAUAAAAUUACCAUCAACAACAGUACGUUUAUUACUUCAUCAUUUUCGUUGGGAUAAAGAAAAAUUAAUGGAACGUUUUUAUGAUCCCAAUCAUCAAGAUGAAUUAUUUCGACAAGCACAUAUUGUUAAUCCAUUUAAAAAAUCUCCUCAUCUACAAACACAAUUAUCAAAUUCAUCACAUCGUACGACACGUCGUCAAAUAUCAACAAAUUCACAGUCACCUUCACCUUCAAUAACUAUAACAACAAAUCCAUUAAAACCUUUAACUGAACAAACAUGUGCUAUAUGUUAUACAACUAAAUCACUCAAUGAUAUGGCUGGUCUUGAAUGUGGUCAUAUAUUUUGUAUUCAGUGUUGGCAAUGUUAUUUAACAACAAAAAUUAUGCAUGAAGGUAUUGGACAAACAAUACCAUGUCCAGCGAAAUGUGACAUUCUAGUCGAUGAUAGAACUGUAUUACGUCUUAUUGAAAAUCCCGAUGUUCGUCGAAAAUAUCAACAUUUAAUAACGAAUUCAUUUGUUGAAUGUAAUAGAAAUAUGCGUUGGUGUCCAGGUACAAAUUGUACGAAUGCAAUUAAAGCAACUUAUUGUGAUGUAGCAAUGGUUACAUGUACAUCAUGUAAAACAUCAUUCUGUUUUCAAUGUGGACAAUCAUGGCAUGAACCGAUUAAAUGUAAAUGGCUUAAAAAAUGGCAAAAAAAAUGUCAUGAUGACAGUGAAACAAGUCAUUGGAUUGCUGCCAAUACGAAAGAAUGUCCUAAAUGCCAUGCUACGAUUGAAAAAAAUGGUGGCUGUAAUCAUUUAAUUUGUAAAAAUCAAUCUUGCAAAUAUGAAUUUUGUUGGGUAUGUUUGGGUGCAUGGGAACCGCAUGGUUCAUCAUGGUAUAAUUGCAAUCGUUUUAAUGAAGAUGAUGCUAAAAAAGCUCGCGAUGAACAAGAACGUUCCAGAGCUGCUUUACAACGUUAUCUUCAUUAUUAUAAACGUUAUCAUAAUCAUCAUGAAUCAUUAAGAUUAGAAAAUAAAUUAUUAGAUCAGGUACAAAAACAUAUGGAAUCAAUGCAACAACAAAUGAGUUGGAUUGAAGUACAAUUUCUUCAAAUAGCAUGUGAUGUUCUUCGACAAUGUCGUCAAACAUUAAUGUACACAUAUCCAUUUGCAUUUUAUCUCAAACGAAAUAAUCAUUCGAUUAUUUUUGAACAGAAUCAGGCUGAUUUAGAACAUGCAACAGAAGAAUUAAGUGGAUAUUUGGAAAGAGAUUUUUCACAGACAAAUGCAAGUUUAACAGAACUCAAACAAAAAGUACAAGAUAAAUAUCGUUAUUGUAGUACACGUCGUAAAGUUUUGUUAGAUCAUGUUGCUGAAGGAUAUGAAUGUGACUAUUGGGAAUAUAAUGAGAAUGUAUAA